AUGUCUGCACAUAAUUCCAACCACUUAAACGGCACAAAUGCCUCCAAGAACACCGUGAAGGGACAACUGGAUGCAUCCAAGCUAAAACUCGACUUGACAUCAACACUGAAACCUGUCCCCAAGCCCGGGUCCGCCGAGUUAUGGGAACAGAAUGUCGCUACAGAUCACAUGGUUACCUGUCGCUGGACGGUACAGAACGGCUGGGAAGACCCGGUUAUCAAGGCCUUCGGCGACUUGACUAUUUCGCCUCUUGCAUCUUGCCUUCAUUAUGCCACUCAGUGCUUCGAGGGGAUGAAAGUUUACCGUGGUUUCGAUAACCGCGUUAGGCUCUUCAGACCGGAUCGAAAUGCAAAGCGUUUGGUCACGAGUGCAGAGAGAGUUUCACUACCGGCUUUUGAUCCAGAGCAGCUCGUCGAGUUGAUCAAAGCGUUGGUCCGCGUUGAUGCGAAAAGAUGGCUACCAGAGCCCGGCAGUUUUCGAUAUAUCAGACCAGCAUUAAUCGGAACUGGUCGCCAACUGGGUAUCCAAAUCCCCAAAGAAGCCAUCUUGAUGGUCACGAUGGUCUGCUGGCCCGACUUCUCCACCGAGUCUCCUCCGGGUGUUGAACCACGAUCGGAUUUGCGUCUUAUCACAUCGAGGAACGACACCAUUAGAGCGUGGCCAGGUGGUUUCGGUUACGCCAAGGUCGGUGCGAACUAUGGCCCUAGUUUCGCAUCUCAUUGCGAAGCACAACAAGCCGGUUACGACCAGGUACUGUGGCUCCUUGGCGAGGAAGGCCAAGUUACCGAGGCUGGUGCUAGUAACUUCUUUGCAGUCAUUCGAGACGAGAAGACUUCCAAGCCGGUACUACUGACGGCGCCAUUGACGGAUCGAGUCAUUCUAGAUGGUGUCACCAGAAGGUCUGUUCUGGACCUGGUUGAAAGCCGACUGCCCGAUGAACUGGAAGUCAAGGAGGCAAAGUUCACUAUAAAGGAACUCGAGAAGGCCUGGAGGAACGGUUUACUUCAAGAGGCAUUCGUGUCUGGCACUGCUUUUUUCAUUAAGAAUGUAUCAACCAUUCGGGCUGGUGAUUUUAACAUCGACCUGCCACAGAAGCAGGACGACAACAUCGACUUAGGUGUUUUGGGUCGAUAUUACUCGGCCCGGCAUACUUUAGGACAGUACCGGUCAGUAUGUGUAACGGCAACGUACAGCAUUUCGCUCCCAAAUGUUUCAUUGUUGGAUGGACUUGACAAUGCGCUGGAGCAUGCUCUCCAAGCCACGAUUCGACAACAUGCAGGUUUGCGUUACGGCAUUUCUGAUGAGAAAGAAGCUGGCAUUCCACUGUUCAGGCAAACCUACACAUUCGACCGGCAGGAUGUUUUGGAGGUCAUUGACAGUCAACAUGCCAACUGCAACGCUGGAAAGUCCGGUAAUAUGACGGAUGAGGUUCCAUCAAGACUACUCGAAAAAGGCCAUUCAGAGCUGUGGCCUGGACACAAGCCAGCCUGGAAGGUUGUUGUGAAGCAUAUAGACAACUGCAAGUCUAGUCCCUCUCAGAGGCUGGAUAUCGCCUUCUUUGCACACCACGCUAUUGCAGAUGGAUUAAGCGGUAUUGCCUUCCACGCAUCCUUCAUGAGAAAUCUCGAAAUCGAGACACUCGUGCCUGCACAGUGGCCCCUGGAGUUGAACGAGGUUAAAGAUCCUCCGCCUACAAUCGAAGAACGCGUCGAUUGCCUCUCGUGUGACUGCACCAUCUGCAGAACUCUCAACGCAUCUGAUGAGGUGGUUUGGGGAGGAGGUUCCAUAUGUGCAACACCAACGGUCAACUACGAAUCUCGUGUUCGAAUAGUGACAGUCCCGGCGACACCAUUUUCUAACCUCCUUAGAAAGUGCAGGCAGGCCAACGUCACAGUCACCGGGCUCCUUCACGCAUUUAUAUGCACUUCGCUCAACAACUCUAUCGGGGAAUAUGUUCCUGGAUUCCGAUCCGUUACACCUUUUUCAGCACGACGACAUACUGGAGCUUCUGACGCGGAUAUAGUCAAUCACAUCUCGUAUUUGACCUGCUAUGUAUCUCACGAAGACAUGCAGAAGAUCAAACAAUGCCCACGCGGUUCUGCCAUUCAAGAGCAGCAUAUUAUAGACCUUGCACGCCGUUUCUCCACCGAAGUCGCGACUAAAGUCAAAGAGUUCCCUCACGGUAGUAUGGCCACGAAACUCGACCAAGUCCAAGAUAUCUUACUGGAAUGCCAAAGCCAAGGCGGGACACAAAGACGAUAUACAUAUGAGUUGUCGAAUCUUGGUUCAGUCUCAAGCAUAUCUCCGCCGGAAGACAGUGGGAUCAAGCUUGAAAGACUGGUCUUUACUCAGUGCGGUUUUGUUACUGGUCCCGCGUUAGGCUUCAACUGUCUUGGCCGAGGGCGUGAGCCCGGGCGCAUGCUGUCCUCUCCGAUAUUCGCAAGUGACAAGGCGUAUAACUUUGGGCGUAGGGCGUUAUACGUAUAUCAUAAACAUGAAGUUAAGCGACUGCUGUGUCGUGGCUCAGAUCACGACAGCAUGGCGCCUGAAACGAAAUCGGAAUCCGUAAUGGAGUGGAUUGUCCUUAUCCCCGACAACAAAGGCUCAUUAGAGACACGUAUGAGAGUAAGAGAAACACAUAUCAAGGAUAUGCUUCGGCAUAUCGACUCUGGUUUAUUCCAAAUGGGUGGGGGCACUUUGGCCGGAGACACCGUUAACGGAAGCGCCAUCAUUGCCCGUGCGAAAUCCGAGGCAGACGUAAUAGCUGUCCUUAAAAAUGAUGUCUACGCCAGAAGCGGGGUUUGGGACCUAGAAAACAUUAAGUUUAUUCCUUCGACCUCAAUUAUGGAGUCAAUUGCCGUUCUCCAGAAAGGGAAAGGCCUCGUCCAAGGGAAUAUCACCCUACCUCCUCUCAAAGAACAUCAAGUCUAUGUCAGGGUCGAAUAUGCAGCCUUCAAUCCAACUGAUCGCCUUGCUCUUGACGUCAACGCCUUUGGAGAUGAUGCAGUGCUAGGCUGCGACUUCGCUGGUAAAGUGGUGGAUGUCCAUUCGACCGUGACUAAAUUGAAGCCUGGCGAUAAAAUUGCUGGCUUUGUCUGGGGAGGGGAGAUCAAAGGCUUAGGAGCCUACUCCAUGUACACAAUCGCUGAUGAGCGACUAUCCUUUAAAAUACCUGGAAACAUCAAUCCAGCUGAGGCUUCGUCAGUACCUUUGGCAGCUAAUACAGCAUGGCUUGCUCUCUUCUCUGACGAUUGCCUUGCACUUAAUCUUAACAAGAAAGCAAAGAAAACCUCCUUGCUGAUCUGGGGAGGCAACACAACCGUGGGUUACUUCGCCAUUCAGCUCGCCAAGCUUCACAAUAUCGAAGUCGCUACAACCUGCAGCCCUCGAAACUUCGAUAAAAUGCGACAAGCAGGCGCAACUCAUGUAUUCGACUACAAUGAUGAGCAGGUUGUAUCUAAAAUAACAUCAGCACUGCCAACCCUACAGCACGUGUUUGACACUGUUGGGAACGAAACCUCCUCAGCGACUGCGGCUAGAUCCAUCAGUCAACCGGAAGGCGUACUGUGUACUGUCAGACCAGGGAAAGCGAAUACACAGGACGUUCCAUCUCAUAUCAAAGUAACGGAUGUCUUCGUCUUUACCGCUUUUCCUACGGAGCAUAGUUAUCGUGGCAAGGCGCAUUGGCCUGUGAAAAUGAACGAUCAUAAACUUAGUGCUGAUUUUCAUAGUCAGCUAGAGACUUUGCUUGGGAAUGGGUCUUUACUACCAGCUUCUAUCCGUAUUAUUGGACAGCUUAGCCCCUCUACAGUCGAUCAAGCCAUGGAUCUAAACCGCCAGGGCUCUAUCUCGGGUGAAAAGGUUGUCUUUGAAGGCUUUCCUUAG